AUGUCGGGAGUCCACUUUAAGGAGAUGUUGCAGCAGUAUGCCCACGAAGGAUCAGAAGUCUCUGUAGCCACGGUCGCCCCAACGCGCGUAUUGCGACCACGAGCACGCCCAACAUCAUCAGUGGCAACGGACUCGCAACGAGGCGCAACAAUACAUUCCGACCAACUCGCCGAGGCGUCAAAGUCAGCAUCUACCAGCACGAAAUUGUCGAGAAAGCGUAAGGCGCCAAGCAAGUAUGCGCCACCUUCUAAGUAUCAACACCUUAGCCCUCUUACCGACAUUCUUGCUCCCGACCUAAUAGCCGUCUUUGUCGGAACAAACCCCGGCAUACGCACUGCAGCUCAAGGGCACGCAUACGCACAUCCUUCAAAUCAGUUCUGGAAACUUCUUCACUCGAGUGGCUGUACCGAUGAACGCCUACGUCCCGACCAAGACCGACCUACCAAAGAUGCUGCUGAACUCAGCAAGGCUGAGAUGAGCGAUGGUGCCCCUAUCUUGGAAGAGAAGUGUCGCAAGUGGCGCCCUGAAUCUGUCUGCAUCGUCGGCAAGGGUAUCUGGGAAGCUAUCUUCCGCCAUCGUCAUGGUAAGAACCCUGGCAAAGCAGAGUUUCACUGGGGCUGGCAGGACGAACAGGAAAACAUGGGUCGUAUCGCCGAUAUUGGAGAGGAUGGUUAUCAGGGCGCAAAGGUCUUUGUCACGACUAGCACGAGUGGCCAGAAGCCAGAAUGA